AUGGAUUCACUGAAAUUGAAUAACGAUGCUUUGAAACCAGCAAAGCUACUGCGGCAUUUGCAUACGAUUCAUCCUACGCUCAAAGACCGACCAACCGAAUUUUUUGAAGGAAAAUGUAAAAGCUUAAAGAAAAUGAAACUAGGACCAAGUGGGGCAAAUGUCGCAUUGUCACAGCAAGUGCGAACUGCAUCAUUUGAAAUUUCCCAACUAAUCACUGCAAACAUUUUUGAAGAAGAUGCCAAGAAAAAGAUUCAAAAUAUGCCACUGUCCAAUAAUACAGUAAAAGCACGAAUUGGAAAAAUGUCAUGCGAUAUCGAAGAGCAACUACUAGGUAAAAUAAAAAGUUCCCCUUACUUCGCUCUUCAAUGUGAUGAAACUACUGACAUUGCGCAAUGUUGCCAGUUAUUAGUUUUUGUGCGGUUUUUAGACGUUGAGGAUAAGACCAUAAAAGAAGAGUUAUUGUUGUCAAGUGUACUUGAGACUAGACUUGUACAUGUCGAAAGGAAUCGAUGUAAUGCAAAUCAUUAG